UAGCUUUUGAAACACUGAAAGAAAAACUGCAGGAAUCUCCAGCAUUAGCUCUGCCAGACUACUCUAAGAACUUUAUGUUGUAUGUGUCCACCUCAGCUGGGGGUAGGUUUGCAUGUGCUGUUCUUUGUCAAUCAACGGGUACAGGAUGUAGUCCACAACCUGUAGCAUAUUACUCCACAGCUUUUUCAGAAGUGGAGUUGGGGCUAUCGGAAUGCUAUCGGGCCAUGGUAGGUGUGUAUUUGAUGUAUGAGAAGGCAUCAGCCAUGACAAUGGGUUACCCUGUGACCAUUUUGACUCAUCACAGUCUGAGAAAUCUUUUGAAUCAUGGUAAGUACACUUUGACAUCGUCAAGGUUGAGAGAUUACUACAGACUCCUGGAACAGGAGGAUGUCACUUUGGCAAGGUGUACUACUGUGAAUCCGGCUGAGACCCUCUCUACAUCUGAGGAUGGGGAACCUCAUGACUGUGUGAAAGAGGCUGAGAAAUAUUCAAAGCUCAGGUCUGAUUUGAAGGCACUUCCAUUGAAGGAGGCCGAUCUGGAGCUUUGGACAGAUGGAUCGUGUUACCGGAUUGGUAAUGGUUUGGUGGCUGGCUAUGCUGUAGUUAAAGCCAGUGGAGACC